AGGAAAUGCAGUGUACAUGGAGAUAACAGGUCAACGGUGCCUGUGUUGUCAUGGGAAAGAAAGUGAGGAAGUCUUGAAGUUAUGAUUAAACAGCCACAGACACUCAGAGUCUUCUCAUGCAGUCUCAGAUCCUUCUCCCCUAGACUUGGAGCUUUAUUGGAUGACCUGGGUCGGGUCCCAUCCUGACCUGGUCUACUGAACACCAGCCCACCCCCUCCUGUGCCGCAUUGCUAUAACCUUGCCAAGACUCAGUUUUUCGGUCCAGGCAUCAGAUUACUUGUGAUUUGGAGCUUCAACGGUAGCUUGACUGAGAGCGUCUGAGAAUGCUGAGCCCCAGUGCUUUCUCUCGGAGUCUCUUCACCAUGCCCUCCAAACUGCAGAGAAUUUUACCAGCACUGUGGCUUCUCGGGGUCCUGUCUUUAAUGUGGUGUCCACCUGUACUGUGUGGUUGCCCUUCGCCUCCUAGCAUUGCCCAUGGACAUCAUAAACGAGUCAAUGCAUACAAUAUCUUCAAAUAUGAGGUUGCAUAUGAAUGUGAUGAAGGAUAUGGUCUGGUUGGACAAGCGAAACUCACCUGUAGUUCUUCACACUGGUCGCCUGAAGCUCCCCUAUGCAAAGCUCUGUGUCUGGAACCGAAGAUAGAAAAUGGAAAGCUGUCUGUGAAUAAACCUAAGUAUAUUGAAUCUGAAAAUGUCACCAUCUUUUGUGACUCUGGCUUUGGAGUGGUGGGUUCCCGAAGUAUCACUUGCUCUGGAAAUGGAACCUGGUACCCAGAGGUGCCCAAGUGUGACUGGGAGGUCCCCGAAGGCUGCGAGCAAGUGGUCGCAGGCAGAAAGCUCAUGCAGUGCCUGCCGAGCCUGGAGGAUGUGAAAAUGGCCCUGGAGGUGUAUAAGCUGUCCCUGGAGAAUGAACUACUGGAACUACAGAGAGACAAGCCCAGGCAACCCACACUGGAGUGAUCACUGCAACUUUUCCCAAAAGAGAGAAGAAAACAUAUAUAGGUGGAUCACUUGACUUUAGCAACUCUACAAUCUCUUUGGCACAGAUAUUCAUGACAAUAAACAUUCAUAUUUCCAAACUA